AUGGACAACAAGACCUUUGUCUCAGACUCACUCAUUCGACUUACCGGCGCAUCUGACCCGAUUGCGGUAGAUUUUGUCCUUGCAGAAGCUUCGUCUGCCAAGUCUGUCUCUGCCUUGCAAGAUAAGCUCGUUUCAUUUCUCGAUGGCAGCCCCGAUGAGAUCGGCGCAUUCUGCGGGCAGUUGUUUUCACGCGUCGGCAAGAACAGCCAGUCCAGUACGUCGACUUUAAAAUCGUCUAGCAGCAAAGAAUCGUCGAAAAAGAAAUAUCGUCUGGUGGACAUGGGAGAGGACCUUCCCGACCCAGCAUCUUCACUAGGACCUGUCAACGUCGAGGCGGAACGAGAUCGACGUCGACACCGUGAUCGAGAUCGAGAUCGCGAUCGCGACCGCGACGCAGACUAUGACCGAGAUCGAAGUCGUCGAGAGAAGGAUGAUAGCAGGAAACGGGACCGCAGCCGGGAUGCUCAAAGUCGGGAUCGCCCACGAACAAAGAAAUUGCGGCAGAGAGACACAGACGAUUUCGAUAAUCGAUGGGGCGAUGAGGAAAUUGGAGAUGAUGAGCGAUAUGCCGACGAAGUCGACUUUGUGGAAUCGCCCGCGAAACGGACCAGACUUGAAGAUGGUUCCGCCUCACCGCGCCCCUCCUCCCCGGUCGAAGACAUCGACCCACAGACAAAGCAGGAAUUGGAGCGGCAGAAGGGUUUGCGCGAACGAGAUGAGUUUGCGAAGCGAUUGGCCAAUAAGGACAGUUCCAAAUCGAAGAAAAUUGUGGAGGACCGGACUCGUGAUAGUGAAGCGGCAAAGAGACGUGCGUUGGCGGAUGAUGCAGCUGCUCGAUCGGCCGUGAUGCCCGAUCUGCGCGAGCGCUCGCGACAGGAAUAUCUGAAGAAGCGUGAAGCGGAGCGACUUGCCCUGCUGCGAAGCCAGGUCGCCGAGGAGACGGCCGAGCUUCGAGAGAACCCCAAUCUGACACGCAAAGAGAAGGAGGAAUUUGCACGCAACCGUGAGGUUCUCCGAAUUGCCGAGGAGCGGCUUCGAAUUGACGAUCACCGAGAUGGGUAUAUGAUGCCAGAGGACUAUAUCACAGAGAAAGGCAAGAUCGAUCGGAAAAAGAAGGAAGAAGCCCUGUACAAGCGGUACGUGGACCGAGAUGAAUCUGGUCAAGAAAGAUUCGUGACCGAGCACGAAGAAUGGGAGCUGGAACAGGCCGCCAAAGCCAAAGCACAAAUCAAGAAAGCGGAGUUUGUGGAUGAGGGCGACUACGAAUAUGUCUUCGACGACACACAACAAAUUAAUUUCGUGAUGGAGUCCAAGAUCGAAGGAACCCAGAAGCCCAUGACACAGGAGCAAUUGCGAUUCAAGCAGCAGGUGGAUGCUGCCGAGAAGAAAGCGGCGACUAUGGAAGAGACCCGGAAAAGCUUGCCAAUCUACCAAUUCCGCGAUCAGAUCAUUCAGGCUGUUCAUGACCACCAGGUACUCAUCAUUGUUGGUGAAACUGGUUCAGGAAAGACCACACAAAUCCCGCAAUAUCUUCACGAGGCUGGCUUCACUAAAGAUGGCCUGAAGAUUGGAUGCACACAGCCCCGUCGAGUCGCUGCGAUGAGUGUUGCGGCGCGUGUGGCCGAAGAAAUGGGCACUAAGCUUGGAAAUGAGGUUGGAUACGCCAUCCGUUUCGAGGACAACACCAGCGACAAGACCAUCCUGAAGUACAUGACCGACGGUAUGCUCCUGCGUGAAUUACUCACCGAGCCUGAUCUUGGCCAGUAUUCGGCACUUAUGAUCGACGAGGCUCACGAGCGUACGGUGCCGACCGACAUAGCCUGUGGACUGCUCAAAGAUAUUGCCAAAGCUCGGCCUGACCUAAAGCUGCUGAUCUCUUCGGCUACCAUGGAUGCACAGAAGUUCCAAAAAUACUUUGACGAUGCCCCCAUUUUCAAUAUUCCUGGUCGUCGAUACCCUGUCGAUGUGCACUAUACAUCGCAGCCCGAGGCCAAUUACCUCGCUGCUGCCAUUACCACCGUGUUCCAGAUUCAUGUCACUCAAGGCCCCGGGGACAUCCUUGUCUUCUUGACGGGUCAAGAGGAAAUUGAAGCCGCCGAGCAAAGUCUACAAGAAACGGCGCGGAAAUUAGGCAGCAAAAUCCCGGAGAUGAUCAUCUGUCCCAUUUAUGCUAAUCUCCCGUCCGAACUUCAGACCAAGAUCUUCGAACCCACGCCGCCCAAGGCUCGUAAAGUCGUGCUGGCUACGAAUAUUGCCGAGACCAGUCUGACCAUUGACGGAAUUGUCUACGUGAUCGAUCCUGGCUUUGUCAAGGAGAACGUGUUCAAUCCUCGAACUGGCAUGGAAAGUCUCGUUGUGACUCCCUGCUCCCGAGCCUCUGCCAAUCAGCGAGCUGGUCGUGCUGGACGUGUAGGACCAGGAAAGUGUUUCCGGCUGUACACGAAGUGGGCGUACUACAAUGAGCUCGAAGAGAACACUACACCUGAGAUCCAACGUACCAACCUCAACAGUGUGAUUCUGAUGCUCAAAUCUUUGGGCAUUGACCAGCUGCUUGAUUUUGAUUUCAUGGACCCUCCACCUGCCGAGACCAUCAUUCGUGCAUUAGAGCAACUUUAUGCUCUUGGUGCACUGAACGACCGAGGCGAGCUCACCAAGGUCGGCCGACAAAUGGCCGAGUUCCCCACAGAUCCCAUGCUCGCCAAGGCUAUUCUCGCAGCGGGCCAGUACGGCUGCGUUGAGGAAGUACUGUCUAUCGUGUCCAUGCUCGGUGAGGCUAGUGCGCUCUUCUUCCGUCCCAAGGACAAGAAGAUCCAUGCCGACAGCGCGCGCAACCGCUUCACCAUCAAAGAAGGUGGUGAUCACCUCACUCUACUCAAUAUCUGGAAUCAAUGGGUCGAUUCUGAUUUCAGCUUCGUCUGGGCCAAGGAAAACUUCCUCCAACAACGAAGUCUUACUCGCGCUCGUGAUGUCCGAGAUCAGCUCGCCAAACUCUGUGAUCGCGUCGAGGUCUCCAUCAGUACAUGCGGAUCCACCAAUCUCGUUCCCAUUCAAAAGGCCAUUACCUCUGGAUUUUUCCCGAAUGCGGCUCGACUCCAACGAGGAGGAGACAGCUACCGGACCAUCAAGAACGGGCAAUCGGUCUAUCUGCAUCCGUCGAGUACUCUGUUUGAGGUCAACCCCCGCUGGGUGAUCUACUUUGAACUGGUGUUGACAAGUAAAGAGUAUAUGCGAAGCAACAUGCCUCUGCAAGCGGAAUGGCUGGUGGAAGUGGCGCCGCAUUAUUACAAGAAGAAGGAUCUGGAGUCAUUGGGGCUGGACCGCAAGGUUCCUAAAGGCACGGGGGCGGCUGGGGAGAAGAGUCGGAGCUGA